AGCAUACCAGGAAACCCAUAGCCAUGCAUCAUUUUCCGUGAGCCUUCUGUCUCCUCCGAGCCCACCUUUUAUCCUUUCCUCUCCCCCUGCCAAGUGUGCUGUUUUCUUGGCCCUACCAUCCCCUCUCUGGCUGCAGAACAGCAGACGCUUGGAAAAAAAAACACUGACAUUUCCUGUCUUUUAGUAAGUCCUCAUGUGAGCAAAUCUUCAGAGAGAACAAAGACGCAGAACUUCUGAGGAGCAGGGGGAAGAAAGGAAAAACCUUUCAAUGUAAGGUGUCCUCCUUCAUUGUUUUUCAUUUUUAUUUUUGGAAUUAUUACUUCAUUUAGACAUUACUGGCCUUGUCUGUUAUGAGAAAAUGCUCUUGGAAGAAGUGUUCCUGGCUGCAUUGUGCAUGAGUCUAGUCCCCAGCACCCUGACGCAGGAGGAGGCAGCAGCAGAACCUCUUGGACUGGGGAACAUUACAGAAUCUGUGGUUAUCAUUGAGAAACGAGGGGACACGCCAGAUGUCAUUAUAGAUACAUAUCUGCGAAAGAUCUUUUUAGGGAAUGAAGAGGUAACUGUUUCACCACCAGAUGAUCCUCAUAUACUCCCCAAAACGGAUGCUCCCCAAAUCCAUCAUGUUACAACAGUUUCUAUUUUACAAAAUGGAAACAGUAAUGAGCAAGAUAUAGAGAAUGAAGAAGAAGAAGAGGAGGAGAUUGAAGAAGAAGAUGAUACACUGAAAGGCAAGGUACCAACAACUGCAACACAGCCAUCAACAACAGCUUUUCUGGAUGAUAAUUUCAAUUAUUUCAUGUCCCGACUAAGCGCCAUAGAAUCUGCAAUCCAUCGUCUUAAUGUCCAGUUCUUUGGCCUGGAUGUCAAGGUGAACCAGAUGUCACAAAGCCUUUCCAAAAUACGGACGAAACUGGCCGACGUAGAAGACAACAUUGCAACUGUUUCUGAACUGAAUCUCAGAAACCAGAGACAAAUUGGACAGAUUGAAGGUUGUUUUAAAGGAAGGAGACUCUUGAGAAAGUGUUAUCUUAUUUUUCAACACUUUGAAAACUAUGAAACAGCCCAAAAACUUUGCCACAGUCGAGGAGGCAACCUGGCCAUGCCCAUCGAUGAGCAAGAGUAUGCUGCUCUGGCAAAGUAUAUCCACGAUUCAUUCUAUCCUUUCAACUGGCACAUAUGGAUUGGAAUUAAUGAUCUGCACACAGAAGGAAUGUACCAAUAUGAAAAUGGGCAUCGCGUUUCAUUCUUCAACUGGUACAAAGAUCAUAUGAUCGUUCAGCCCAAUGGAAAGACCCUGGAGAACUGCAUAUCCGUCACAUCCAUUGAUGGAAAGUGGUGGGAUCAUGACUGUGCUCGGAGAAUGUUCUAUGUCUGCGAGUAUUAAACAGCAUAUGUACCCUUAAUUCUAAUUGGGGCUGGGUUCACUUUAUUUUUUAUAAAUGUUUAGUAAAACACAAUCGUAUAGUGAAGCCUUAUUUAAAGGCAUCUUUGUAUUUAUUGAUAUAAGUUGGGGCCACCAUACUGCUUCUUCUGGCAAGAAACAAUAUAAUAUCUUGUAUGUAUAUGGAUUCUAAUGAAACAGCGCCCCCUGUGGCCAAAAUAUUACAAAAAUGGUGAAUGAUUAUAUGACUUUAACACACUCACGGGGUGAGAUGAACAAUAAAAAAAGAAAUGAAAUAGGGUGCUUUGUUUAAUAUGUAUAAAAGAAACCAAUUAGUAAUUAGUGUAUGCACUAAUUGUAAUAAAUAUGGAGUCAUUUUUAACUGCC